CCGUACCCCUCUCUGGAGCAGCAGGAGGAGCAGCUGCGGAUCGGGGAAAGCGGACAGUUCAGCGAAGGGCUGGAAGACAGAGGUUUACUAGAAAGCAGUACAAGGCUAAAACCUCAUGAAGCUCAGAGCUACAGAAAGAAGGCGUUGUGGGUUUCAUGGGUCUCCAUCGUGGUCACGCUGGCUCUUGCAGUGGCUGCAUUCACUGUCUCCAUAAUGAGGUACAGUGCAUCAUCAUUUGGAUUUGCUUUUGAUGCUAUCCUGGACGUUUUGUCAUCAGUGAUAGUUCUGUGGCGUUACAACAAUGCAGCUGCUGUGCAUUCUGCACACAGAGAAUACAUAGCCUGUGUCAUCUUGGGUGUGAUAUUUCUUCUUUCAGCUGUGUGUAUAGUGAUCAAAGCCAUCCAUGACCUUGCUAUGAAGUUACUCCCAGAAGUGGAUGACUUUCUGUUUAGUGUCUCCAUUUUAAGUGGAAUCCUUUGCUCUAUCUUGGCAGUGAUCAAAUUUAUGUUGGGAAAGGUCCUUACAAGCAGAGCACUGAUAACAGAUGGAUUCAACUCUCUUGUAGGUGGAGUGAUGGGAUUUUCCAUCCUGUUAAGUGCAGAAGUUUUUAAGCACAAUGCUUCUGUCUGGUACCUGGACGGCAGUAUAGGAAUUUUAAUGGGACUUACAAUAUUUGCUUAUGGAGUCAAGUUACUUAUUGAUAUGGUCCCACGUGUAAGGCAAACACGUCAUUAUGAAAUGUUUGAAUGAAGAUCUAUCUCCUGUUCUCUGUAUGGACUGGGAAUCUGCAACAUCAUCUGUUUUGGCAAGUGGUGCCACUGAUAUUUCACUGGAUAUGCAGUUUAUUUCCCAUGGUAUAUUUCUUUUAAUGUUUAUUUUAAAUGGGAAAUCUCUGUAUAAGAGGCAAAUAUGUGCACUGCUUACAAACGCAGCAAACAGUGGCAUUUUCCUUUCAAGUAAGCUAUUGAAUCCUGUUAAGUGACAGUAGAAAACAUACAUAAUUUGCAAUUCCAAACCAGCAGCAAUGUUCUGUGUUCUAGAGUGAAAUUGUUUUUAUUGAUAUAAUAGACGUCUGCCGAUAAGAGGUACCAAUUUCAAAGUCUCUUUUAAUGUUGGCUCAAAUUUUUUUCCAAAUUUGUGCUGUAACGUUGAAUUAUGGCCAUUGUCAACUUCUUCAGCUCACAAUUCAUCAAAGUAUGGUACGUAGAUUAUGGAUGCUAACAACAGUCACUUAAAGCACUGAAGUAAACAAGAUUUUUUGUCUCAAGAGGAUGGACCAGCACAAGAAGAAAAAACAGCACAAGACCCACUCAUUUAUAUGCUCAGAGGUUCAUUUCAUAUAAUUUUAUUAAUCCUAAAUUAUCUAAACUGUAAAUCCUCUUAAUUUGAAUUUUGUUUUUAUUUAACCAGUGAUGCACACAGGACAUUGCUUUGCAUGGACCAAACAAGCACAAAAAGUAUUACUGUAAAGACAAAAGCCAAAAUGAAGUGUAAGAAGGACCAGUAUGAGAAAUGCGAUUUUCACUCUUUUAUUGUACCAUACACAGUAUUUGUGACUAUGUGGUUUCUCUCUAGCCUGAUGAAGGUACAGCAGUGACAGCUUUGAACUGUGGUGAAACACAGAGCUAUGUAUUAGAUUUAGAUUAUUCUGUUAAAAAAAAACGUUCACCCUUCACCACACAUUUCUAUGUAUUUCUUAAUAUACUACUUACAAUAUCCAAGAAUCAGGAAGUAUACAAUAAAACUGUUAUCUAUUUUAUACAGUACCUGUAAGAAAUAUUUGACAGCUGUUGCCAGAAUGUAUCGUAGAACCAAGUCUUCCUGUACAGCAGUCCAUUAAACUAGAUUCUCUCGUCAUUGCAAUUUCCUCCACUUCAUAUGUUUUGGGUUGGCUUCACAAUGUGGAGAACUGAGUGAGUGUUAGGCAUUUCAUUUGUCCUCUGCUGGGUGAAAAAAGCAGCUAUGAUAUCAUGGAAGUGAAAUAAUACAUUAAGAAGAGGGGAUCCACAUUCAUUUGGGUUGAGAACAUAUGACAGCCGACCUACAAUCAAAUUGUAAAGGAAUUGAUAACAGAUGGCUUUUUGAUGCUUUAUAUUGAUAGACCUUUUAUUCCCAGUCAAAGCACUUACAAACUGUUGGCCAAAUUCUGAUGUCUUUAGUCAAAUAAAAACAGACAGCUGAUGGUUCCACUCUGUGAUCAUUCCAUGCCCUGGUAAAGCUGAAAAAUACUCUACAAGGUUAUGAUCUGUAUUUCCAUAGUGCUGAGGCACCCAAGCCACGAAUCUGGACUCUCUGGUGCUAAGAGCUGUAUAAACAGAACAAAAAGAUGGUCCCUAUCUCAAGAAGUUUACAGUCUGAGAGACAACAGAUGGAUAAACGGGAAGGCAGAUGGGUGGGGGAGUACAAGGAAACAAUGAGACAGAAUUGGUCAGCACGAUAGGCUGUGGUCUCAAUGCACCAUCAUUCUAAGCACUGUCAAGCUUUAAGGUUCCACUUGGUUUCUUCUGUAUUCUUCCUUUAUGGAUGGUGGGCUGUGGCCUCUUCACCCUCAGAAUAGGGCCAUCUCUACAGAGGCGGUGCCAGCAUUUCUCAGCCUCCUGCAACUGCCCACUUCCAGCAAUCAUCAGCUCCAUUACCUUUUUCCUCCAUGAACUGGAUUUUCAUUCUCUAGCAUCUAAGGCUUUUGUAUUUAAUUUGGGCUAGCUAAAGUUUGUACAGUGCUUUGUAGACAAAGUUUUUUUCAGUGCUAAGUAGUAGUUGUAAUAUCCAUAAUGCCACUGGAUAAUACUAAAGAUCAUUGCAUCCCUUUCAGCAGUACAUACAACACUUUUCACAGGGUGACAAGAGCACAAUUGUUAAAGUAAGCAGCAGGUAAAGUAUAGGACGAACAUUUGCUGUGCAGCCUGACCAUCCCCACCCUUUUAACAAUAUGAUUUACUGAUCAUAGCUGCUGGAGCAAUUUUCCAACAGAAAAUGGCCCUUGUUCAAGGCGAUCCUAGGGAAAGUGCAUGCAUACAAGAGUAUCAGAGAGAAAUAUCAGUGUUCAUACAAAAAAGGGGCUCAGAUCCUAGCUAUAGCCAAUGGCAAGCACAGAUUGGCCACAAGCAAACUCUGCCAUACUGCAGACUGCAAAUAUACCUUAAUAAUGGAUACUCUGGGCAUGAUACUGAUUCUCCAUACUAGGCAGUGGUUGUGCAAUACCCGCCCUCGUAUUAAUUUAGAUGGAAUAGAGGACCCUAGGAAUCAAACAUGUCAACAUAACAGUUACUAACAUCAGACCAUUUUAAACAAGGUUCAUGGUCUGACACAGAGAACCAACCUGUUCAGUACAAUGAAAACACUUUUAAAAAUAUGAAUCAUGACAAGACAAGAAAAAAAAUAAAAAAUGUAAAAGGUAAAGUAUGAAACAAGGCUUUCCCUUUCCAAAUCCCCUGUCAGAUACACCAUCGUAGAGACUGAGAGAUGCUAAAAGCUGUCCUUUUGGGGAAAGGAGAAGUUAGUAGAGGUGCGCUGGAGCUGUCAUUGUUGCUUUUAUUGUUAAAGUGCAAUCCUGUUUCCUAAAAGGCAGCCGGGAUAAAAUAAUGGGCAAGCAAAGAACCACAAAGAUAGAAAACACAGUUUCUGUCUCUGGUGCGGACUUUCACUUGCAACAGCACUGCUGGAAAAAUGCAGGCAUGGUACAUGGUCUUAUCAGAUAGUCUGCAUCCUAGUAAACUUGUGUCAGCAUUGGGCCACUCAAGGCAUAGCAUUUAGCUGCCUCAAGGCUUACAGCAUUGCUGCAAAAUAUGCUAUCUUGGCUGGCAAAGCCAGUCGCUCAUUACACAGAAGAAGAAAGGAGAGGGAUAGGAAAAUGAAUAAGACAAGCAAGGAGGAACCAUUGGGAGUAUGGAGGGAGAGAAAGUCUCACCUGAUGUUGGAGAUGGUGUCGUCUGGGUCCUGCAAACUCUUACUUCUUCAGAAUAUGGUGUCAGCAGUGUAAUACAUUUUACCUGUUGCAGCAACCGUCUCGAGUCAGUAUUUGUUAGUCAGCAAGUCCCUGAUUUUCCACAGCACAAAGAGAGCACGCUGCUCAGCAGAACUGGAGCCUCUAGGACAAAUAUAGUUCAUGCCUAUAUGUAUGAGGGCCUCUAUAGUAUCCAUUUACUGCGCUGUGCCAGUUUAAACCAGUGCAAUUAACACUUGACAUUCAGUAGUAUAUUGAUCGCACCCGCAAAGAUUUUAAUGUAAAACUUAAAAGUUUAUCCAAAUUAGUAAGUUCAGGAAUUCUACAUAAGCAUGAGCAUCUCAAAUAAUGGGCUUAGAAGUCUAAUGCAUUUGGAUGACUGAACUGAGUUGCAAUGGAGAGUGGAUGGGGAUUAGCGUCACCUCUUCAGUCCUGACCCACAGAGAUGAUGACCCUGUCAGAAGCUCAGGGUAAGGUUUUUGCAAGCUACAUGCAGGAAGGUCUUGGUGGAGGUACCUACUUCUGGCUAGAUGAGAUCUUACUGAAAUCAAACCUGUUGGUGAAACCACUGGUGUGAAAUGGAAUGGACCCUACCCCUUCUAUUAUUUUCAGUACAGCAACAAGAUGUGUAUUUCUACUCCAGGUUCCACCUCCCAUACAUCUUUUCUUAUGUGGUUGCACUUCUGCCUAUCUGAAAUCAUAUCCUAUUGGAAAACCCACCAUUUCACGAAAGCCUUCCUAUAUCAAAAGCUGGACAACAUUUAGGGGAUGAAAUAUGAAAGGGUUAAAAACAUUCCUCAGUCUUGCCAAAUCAAGGGAUGAGCAGUGUACACUGUUGCAUUGAUCUCAAGGGCCCAAGGAGCUUACGGUUUUACAAAACUCUUUCACUAUCCAGUACUGGAACAAUAUUACAAAGGUUCAGAAUUUUUCUGGUUUGCUUGGU